AUGGUAGUACUAGUUCCAGAGAGAUCAGCCACAAUUGCUUCUGGUUCAGAUGUUGGAUUUUGGGGUCAUGGACCAUUAGAUACGUAUACACAGUCAAACGAAUAUGACUCGGAAAAGAGUUCCUCCACCAUUCCAAAACCCAUAUCUCUCCUGACUUUGAAGGAAAGGGAUAAAUUUUGUCUGAUGGGCAUAUUUCGUCUACAUUUAGACAGAAAACCAACGUCAAAUUAUUUUCCCACUUCCAAAACGAAAGAAGAAAUUCAAACUCGAAUUGUUGGUGGUGCUGUGACUAGAAUAUCACAAGUCCCUUAUCAACUAUCUGUAGAAUUGUAUGACAGGCACAUUUGUGGUGCAAACAUCAUUACAUCAAAUUGGGCCCUAUCUGCAGCUCAUUGCUUUCCUGACAUGUUUCCCAUUCAAGCAAUAAGGAUCCGUAGCGGUACAAGUAAGGCGACUUACUUUGGAAGAGUACAUAGGAUAGAAGAAAUUAUAAUUCACAAUAAUUAUCAUGCUAAAAGUGAUGGAACACCCGUUAAUGAUAUUGCACUCGUUCAUCUCGAACAACCAUUUUUGUAUUCACAUUUUGUUAAACGAAUUGAAAUGUUGAAUGAAAAUCAAACGGUAUCAAUUGGAGCAGUGGGUGUAAUUAGUGGUUGGGGACAUAUUUCGGAGACAAAGCAAAAUUAUGCUCUCAAUCUUCAUGUAGCGAGGGUUCCAAUUAUAUCGCGUCGGGAAUGUCUUCAAUCGUAUCCUAAUCUCCCUCGUGGACAGAUAUGUGCUGGAUAUCCAAAGGGAAAUAUAGAUUCUUGUUCGGGUGAUUCCGGUGGACCUUUGGUUAUUAACAGAAAACUAGCCGGAGUUGUUUCAUGGGGUGUGGGUUGUGGAAGACCAGGAUAUCCUGGUGUUUAUUCUGAAGUUACUUUUUAUCGCCGGUGGAUACGAGGAAUUACUGGAGUUUGAAUACAAUUUGAAUAAUGUAGAAAGUUUUUGAUUCUUCAAAAAAUUUUGAUAACAAUUAAUAAAGAAUUCGAUUUAUGUGGUCCUGGUUCACUUUUUGCCGAGUGCAAGUUUCUACUUACCUAAAGCUUUAUCUAACUCUUAUUCUAACUUGGAUUCAUAUUUUAUUUUCA